UCAUUGGUGCGUCCCUUAAACGUGUCACAACUUUUGAUGGAUUACCCCACUUCUGAGUGCUCAGGUGCGACUCACUCCGCUCCAUCCACUCGCUAGUGCGCGUCUCUCCGAACUCUGUCAGACUCAAACGAGCAACAUGUUCUUGGUGUCGUUCUCGUGGGCGCACCUGUGCGGGCUUGCGUCCGGGGUGCUGUCCACGCUGGUGGUGCUGAGCGCGUUUACGGUGAGUGGAACGAGCGCGGCCGCCACCGGCUGCCCGACGUGCGGCAUGCCUGCGAUGGAGAAGGGCACGGAGGAGCGUUACCUGGUCGAGAUAGCAAAACAGCAGAUCCUGAGCAAGCUUCACCUGCGGGAGAGGCCAAACAUCACGCAGACGGUGCCGCGUGCCGCGCUCAUGACGGCGCUGCGCAAGCUGCACGCGGGCCGCGUCAGACAAGACGGAACGCUGGAGCUGGACAAUAACGUGCCCAACUCGCGCACGAGUAACCAGGCAUACGAGAUAGUGAGCUUCGCUGAUGUCGAUGAGCGGGUUUCUGCCGGCACCGACACCAGUCUGUCGUUCCAGUUCCUGCAGGAGAAAGGUCACAGCGUUCAGGUGCUGCAGUCGUCGCUGUGGCUUUACGUGCGUCCGGCCGAUGCGCCUCAUCACCGUGGCCGUGUAAACGCAGAAAUCUCCCUGCCGGCAUCGAGCGGCGCUAAUCGCACGCUGCUGCUCCAGAGAAGCGUGGAUGUGUCACGAGGCGGAUGGCACACGUUCCCGGUCACCGGCGCCCUGCAGGCCUUCCUGGACGGCGGCCAGCGGAGGCUCCGUCUUGAGGUGCACUGCGAAGACGGCGGUCGAAACCUGUGCAGUCACGAAGCAUCCGGCGACUCCUCUCACCAGCCUUUCCUAGUCGCGCAGGUACAGUUGCGUGAAGACGCCAACAAACACGCACUGAGCAAACGCUCGCUGCGAUGUGGCGACGACGUGAGCGUGUGCUGCAAGAAAGACUUCUACAUCAAGUUCCGCGACAUACAGUGGCAGGACUGGAUCAUAGCACCAGAGGGCUACCACAUGAACUACUGCAUGGGACAGUGUCCGCAGCAUUUAUCCGGCUCGCCCGGCAUCGCCUCUUCAUUCCACGCCACCGUCUUCAGUCAACUGAAGGCCAACGGCAUCCACACGGCCGUGUCGUCUUGCUGCGUUCCCAUCCAGAGACGGCCGCUCUCCAUGGUCUACUUCAACUCGCAGCACACCAUCGUGAAGACCGACGUCCCGGACAUGAUCGUCGAGUCCUGCGGGUGCACAUAAAGAACAAUUACGUGACUUAAAGGGUUAGUUAACGCAAAAAUGAAAAUGAGCCCGUGAUUUACUCACCCUCA